AUGAAAGUUCUCAUUGUUGGAGCCGGCAUCGGUGGCCUGACCCUGGCUCAGAACCUCCGACAGCUAGGCAUCUCGUACGAGAUCUUCGAGCGUGACGUAGACAACAACGCGCGCUUCCAGGGAUGGGCUAUUGCGCUCCACACUAUUGUUGACACUUUCCUGUCCUCUCUUCCGUCCGAUCUUCCUGAUGUGAGAGAGGCAACCAAUCACCUAGCCCCGUUGAACAUUCCGGCUCAGUUCCGUUAUUAUUAUGCUGGCAAGGACGAUGGGUUUGGAUUCGAGGUAUGUGAUUAUAAUGGCUCAACGUACCAAGUUAAGAAUUACUUUUAA